AUGCCUUCCGUACUGCUUAUCAGCCUCCUCGUCACCGUCGCGUCGGUGACUAGGGCAGAAGAGACAACUCCUGCGGAACUGCCUGCCCAAUUGACUGCCUUGAACCCUCCUCUUAAAAAAACAGCAUUCUUAAGCUUCGCGACUGAUGCCGUUUCUGGUCCACAUGUAGUGGUGAAUCGAAACAUGCUGGUCUACAGUGAUGCCCUCUACUCCAAUUGGACAGAGUGGCAAAACUGUUCAAAGUACACCUGCAAAGAAUACCGCUACCGUCAGUGCUUGAACGAGUCUUACAAGGAGCCCAUCGGCGAUUAUCGCAAACGUGAGGUUUGCCCCUUCAAGUUCAUUACAGAGGAGCGGCAGUGCGUGAAUCGUUCUGAAUGCAUCGAAUCACGUAAGUUUCGUGCACCUAUUAUGUUUACUUGA